CUCACUUUCUCUUCCUGUUUCCCGUCACGGCGCAGGAUCAAGGGGAGAAGGAGAACCCCAUGCGGGAACUUCGCAUCCGCAAGCUCUGCCUCAACAUUUGUGUGGGGGAGAGUGGAGACAGGCUGACCCGGGCAGCCAAGGUGCUGGAGCAGCUCACAGGCCAGACUCCUGUGUCCUCCAAAGCUAGAUACACUGUCAGAUCCUUUGGCAUCAGAAGAAAUGAAAAAGUUGCUGUCCAUUGCACAGUCCGUGGGGCCAAGGCAGAAGAAAUCCUGGAGAAAGGUCUGAAGGUGCGAGAGUAUGAGUUAAGAAAAAAUAACUUCUCAGACACUGGAAACUUUGGCUUUGGGAUCCAAGAACACAUCGAUCUGGGGAUCAAAUAUGACCCAAGCAUUGGUAUCUACGGCCUGGACUUCUGUGUGGUGCUGGGUAGGCCAGGUUUCAGCAUCGUAGACAAGAAGCACAGGACAGGCUGCAUUGGGGCCAAACACAGAAUCAGCAAAGAGGAGGCCAUGCGCUGGUUCCAGCAGAAGUAUGAUGGGAUCAUCCUUCCUGGCAAAUAAAUUCCCGUUUCUAUCCAAAAGGCUAAUAAAAAGUUUUCAGUGAAA